AUGGAUGGAGAUGAUGUUUCCCAGACUGAAUCUUGCUUCAGAUUGCUGGCCACUGUGAAGCUCAUCGCAGAGAACGCCGCAGAAUGCCACAGGCAACUCGUAGGUUACGAGGUCCUCAGCCUGAAAGAUGACCACUGGGAUCUCGACAACCAAAUCAGAGAUCUGGGUGCUGAGAUGCGUAAGCUUCAAGCGGAUAACCAAGAUAUCACUAGCCAUUCCGAUUAUGCCAAAGAGAGAGCACGCAAGGAACCUCUGACGCUGGCAGAUAUUCAGCCACACAUCAAAGAAUUCAUGGCAAAGACUGACAAGGCUAUGGAGGUCAUACUUGUGUAUCACGACAAACUAAGGGCACGAUCUCUGCCACCUACUCCACCUACCGACGUGGGCGAUGAUAGCGACAACGACGCGCCACUCGAUCCAGCGAAUUCUUCCCCUGCCUCUCCCAACCCUAGCCUUCGAAGCCCUUCCCAUAGCAGGCAGAUUUCCCCAGACGCAGGAGGCCACCCAUCUCCCAACCGUCGUGCACGCUGUCGUGAGAUCACGACCGCGGAAAUAGGUGGGUUCUCCGGUCAGAAGAUCACUGAGACACCGGCAGGAAGUGGCGAGUGGUAUGUCUUUCAGUGUGAAGAGCAUAAUCUGCCCUCAGAUGGUCUUGCGCGGCCGGCACAGGCUGCCGCAAGGCAUGCUAUGGCGCAUAGGCUCCCACCCACUCGUCCAUCUGCCAUUGAAGCCUUUGGUAUCAAGAUCGUAGACUGCGACGCUACAAUCGCAAAGGCACACAAUGAUCGGGUCGUUCUCAAGUCUAAGGGGAAGGGCGUCUCCCAAGUUACCAGAGGCACUGGCGACAACCCUUAUCGACCUCAACGUGGCGCACGCGCUGACAGCGAUAUGGCAUCGCUUCUUGGCGAUGUUAGCCCCUCACAUCCUCGGCAUAUACCUAUCCGACAAGUAGUGGCAACGAGAAAGCGCACCAUUCUCACACGGGAACUGGACGGCACUGUAACACCCGCUGAGAUCACCGCCAAGACGAUCUACUGGAUCAAGUGGCCAGACGAUGGCAUCUGCUACCCCGCCUACGUUCUUCCCUGGGAGUCCUUCCCUCGAUUUCGGAGCAGGUACAUCGCCCCAGUUGAUCGCGGACUGUUGGAUCUUGGGAAGAGGUUCCCUUGGGAGUGUGAGACGGCUUGGGCUGCGGAGGAGGACUUUCGUGUCUUUGAUGGCGAUAAGGAAGAUCCUCAGUUCAAGGCGUUGGUGGAUCAUUGGCAAGCGAGAGAGAAUCGCCAGACUCCGGAUAAUGAGUUGACCAGAAUGAAACUGAUGUCGCCGCCAAGUGAUCGGGGAUCAUCCACCAGGUUGAGCAGCAUUCCGGAGUCAAGUCCAGAAAUGUCACUUGCGGACGGAAACAUGGACGAAGAACCCGAACACAGCUUUAUGGACUCAAUCGAAUGCUUGGCCAGUGAUCGAGGGUCCAGGCUAGCAGAGUCACCCGACAGCUAUGACGACCGGGACGAUAUCGGAGAUGCUUUGGCGCGUGGUGCCAUGGAAUCUGAAUCGAGACAUACCAGCGCUUAUCUGUCCCAGUGCAUGCAACAGCGCGAAUAUACUGAGAUGCGUUUUCGCCGUCGCAGCACGUCUAUGUCACCAGGUUAUGGCACACCUACUGGCCGACUCAGCCCUGAGGAAGAUGAGGAAUCAGAUAUCUACCGUGACGAUAACGUUGGACCGUUCCACAGUAGAGAUCCCAGCGAUGAACCCGACACCGUAUCCAAGAGAUACGGCCUUGGAGAUUCGCCCGUGAGGUCUUGGGAGUAUUCUGAUGUCGUCAAUGGAAGGACCACGAUUCCCCCCUCGGAUGAUGAAGAGUCUCUAGGGGAGAACAGCGAUCAUUAUCAGAUGGAUGAGACUUCCUCUUCAUGUCACGGGGCCGAUGCUACUAUGGACGCGGAGGACACUUUACAAUUUGCUGGAUCAUUCAACCCCAGGAAAAGAGUCGCUUCCUCUGAACAGCGUAUGCAACAGGCCAUGGCCAUUGCGGCUCGUCAGACGAACGCUGCCUGGCGUAACACUUUUCGCGAGCACUCUGAGGAGGUUGACGAGUUGUUAUAG